GAGGCUCAUCUUUGCAGGCAAGCAGCUGGAAGAUGGCCGCACUCUUUCUGACUACAACAUCCAGAAAGAGUCGACCCUGCACCUGGUCCUGCGUCUGAGAGGCGGUAUGCAGAUCUUCGUGAAGACCCUGACCGGCAAGACCAUCACCCUGGAGGUGGAGCCCAGUGACACCAUCGAAAAUGUGAAGGCCAAGAUCCAGGAUAAGGAAGGCAUCCCCCCCGACCAGCAGAGGCUCCUCUUUGCAGGCAAGCAGCUGGGAGAUGGCUGUACUCUUUCUGAUUACAACAUCCAGAAAGAGUCGACCCUGCACCUGGUCCUGCGUCUGAGGGGUGGCUGUUAAUUCUUCCGUCAUGCAUUCGAAGUGCCCAGUGAUGGCAAUACUCUGCAUUAUAGCCAUGUGCCCCAACUUAAGUUUAGAAAUUAACAAGUUUCAGUAAUAGCUGAACCUGUUCAAAAUGUUAAUAAAGGUUUUGUUGCACGGUAAAAAAAAAAAAAAAAAAAAA